UCGAAUUCGAAUACAAACUUAUCAUUUGAGUGUCUGAACCUCUUCCAUCGCCCAAACUGCUUUUCUAUCCUAAUCCAGAAUCUAUCAUCCCUUGCCCGAACUGCUCUUCUAUCCCUGACCCAAAAUCUAGGAAAUGGUUUAACCCCGUAUCCCAUCCCCUAUUUCCCAUAAACCAAACACCACCAGUCCACUACCGAUUCUCCUCCACACAGCGCCGUUGCCGCCGCCGCGCAGCCCCAAAAACCCUAGGAUUCACCGUCGGCCGGCGAGCGACCAACGACAGAUUCCGCCGGCUUUUGGCGCCGGGCCGCGCGGGGCGGGGGCGGGGGGUGGGCGGCAUGCCGCAGUCACCCUGCGCCGUCAUCCCCGUCCUCCCGGAUGAGCUUGUCGUGUGGGAGAUCCUCGUCCGCCUGCCGGCCAAGGCGCUCCUCCGCUGCCGCGCGGUCUGCGGUUCGUGGCGCCGCCUCACCUCCGACGCCGAUUUCCUCCUCGCCCACCACCGGCGCCAGACGUCGCUCCCUCUCGUCUUCUUCCGUGGCCAGAUCUCCGUACAUGUCGUAGGGGAUGCCCUCGACGCCUUCGACCUCCGGGGAGACCCCGCCACCGCCGAGCGCCGUCCUAUCCUCCGGCUCCCUUUACACGACUUCCUUUUCCGUCAAUACAAGGUGUACGCCUCCUGCGACGGACUGCUCCUGUUCUCCCUCUGCAAUCGUAGCUUCUACAUCUGCAACCCGGCCACGCGCCAGCGGAACGCGCUGCCGAGCCUCAUCGGCACCAAUGUCGCAGGGUUGUACCAGCACAGCCCUUCGGGCGAGUACCGCAUCUUGCACCGAAGGAGGAGAUAUCCAGAACUCAAUUCUGCCUACUACAUCCUCACUGUGGGCCCCUAUGCAAAGCCAAGGUGCAUUGGGCUGCCUGCAGCUACAGUCUCAGCGUCGAUCAAGCAGUAUAUCGCAGCUGGGCUGCUAUUUGUCUGUGGGCACCCGCCUGUCUUGCUCCAUAGCUGCCUGCAUUGGAUCGUCUACAGCUCACAGGAAAAUGCUCUAGUUGUUUUCGACACGGUUUCUGAAUCUUUUAGGUGCAUGAGUCCUCCUACUGAGAAUGGGCAGUGGCAGCAUUUGCUUGACAUGGAUGGUGCGCUCGGCAUCAGCCAUAUGGAUGAGAGCAAGGUGAUGGUGAAACUAUGGGUGCUACAGGACUACAAGACAGAGGUCUGGUCAUUGAAGCAUCAGAUUGAACUUCCGAUGGUGGAAUUGAGUGUUGCUAUGAAAUGCAGUUUUGAGGUAUUGGUUGUGUCAGAGAAAGGAGAUGUGCUGAUCUACUGUUCCAGUUUUUGUCAUAUAUUUCACUGUGACAGCACGGGCAAGCUACUGCAUAAGUUCCAAUGGGAUCGUAUGUUAUCAAUGCCUACUGGAUAUUGGUUCAAAGAAAGCCUUGUCAGGCAUGCGUUCUUCCAGGGGCAAUAAGGUGAGAUGACGUCGUUUGGCUGUGAAUACAAGCGGCGUAGGUGGUAUGUGCGUUAUGUGGGCGAGUCCAAUGGUGCUGGUCCCGUACCUCCUGCCCUUCCGGUACCUCUUUGUAGAUGUGGCGCGCAAGCAGAGGUGAAACAAUCAAGGCAUCCAAAGAUAGCCGGAAGAGCCUUCUAUGUAUGCAAGUGGACUUUUGAUCCACAGCUCUCUGUCUCUGUAGCACGUCGGUGAAAAUACGAUAUGGCCAAGCUGCUCACGGUUGUACGGUUUCCAUUCAACCUUCAAAAAUUUUCAAGCAAUACUUAUUAUCUAUCAUUAUACGGAAGUUAG